GCGGUCGGGAAUUAUGUAAGAAUCGUGUAUUGUUCGAAGCGGGAUUGAUUCCUGUGUUCCGUCGGUACUGGCCGCAGCCCGUGUGGGUGGGACUGUGCCCGGAUCCUGGUCGAGCCUUCUCGUAGCACCUUAUAUGGCGCGGGACGGGUCCCGGGCGCGCGCCUCGCCGCACACACACCACCGCAGGCGCAGAUAAUACAGGGGCGGAUACAGAGGGGCGACGCCUAGGGGCAUAGACUUUUGAACUUUGUACUGGUGCUCUGAGCCUUAUUUUCCACUUCCGGUAUGUGCGUCGUGGUAUAGUGCGCGCGGUGCGGGGAGGUGCGGCGUGGCGUAGGGCAUGCGGCGGCGGCCCCCGAAACAGAAAACUUGUAAGGCGGUCUGACGAUACCGUUAAGGUCGCCCCCUGCAGCAUAAUAGGGAGCCAUACGCCUCGGCGGAAAGACGGGUGCGACACGCACUCGUGAUCUAGAGGGAGGUCGGGCGUGGUGCGGGCGGCGGCCGCGAGCCCGGCACCAUGGCUACGGUGGAAGGGCGGCCGGCGCAGUACGGCGUCACGCUGCGCCAGCUGCGCGAGCUCAUGGAGUCGCGCGGCGCGGAGGGGCUGGCCAAGAUCAACGCGCUCGGCGGACCCCAGGAGAUCUGCAAGAAGCUGUACACCUCACCCACAGAUGGUCUUAGCGGUUCGAAGGCGGACAUGCAACAUAGGCGCGAGGUGUUCGGAUCGAACUUAAUCCCGCCAAAACCUCCAAAAACGUUCCUUACACUAGUCUGGGAGGCGCUGCAAGACGUAACGCUUAUUAUUCUUGAAGUAGCUGCCGUGGUCUCGUUAGGGUUGAGUUUCUACAAACCGUCCGAAGAUGAGGAGGAUAUUGAUCCCGCGCAUCUGGACGAGGAGGAGGGCCAUUACCAGUGGAUUGAGGGGCUGGCGAUCUUAAUAUCUGUUAUAGUAGUCGUGAUAGUUACAGCGUUUAACGAUUAUACGAAAGAAAGACAAUUUAGAGGGCUCCAAUCUCGAAUAGAAGGGGAACACAAGUUCGCGGUGGUUAGAGCCAACGAGGUGAAGCAGGUGCCUAUAAGCGAGAUAGUCGUGGGGGACAUCUGCCAGAUCAAGUAUGGCGACCUGCUGCCAGCGGACGGGAUACUGCUGCAGAGUAAUGACCUCAAGAUUGAUGAAUCGUCGCUGACGGGUGAAUCGGACCAUGUGAAGAAGGGGGAGGCUUUUGAUCCUAUGGUGCUAUCCGGUACUCACGUUAUGGAAGGUUCUGGUAAAAUGUUGGUGACUGCUGUGGGUGUGAACUCUCAGGCCGGUAUCAUCUUCACUCUGCUGGGAGCCGCCGUCGACAAACAGGAGAAGGAGAUCAAGCAGAUGAAGAAGGAAGCUAAAAAGCAACAGAAGAAGGGAGCCCAAACCCAAAGCCAGCGCAAGAGUCUCACAGACGGUAGCGAUGGGAACGCACUAACGAAAGGGGCGGCGCCAGGUGACGACGAAGGGGCCAACAGCCACGGGAACCACGCGGACAACCACGUCGCCCCGGCCGACAAGCCCGCGCCGGAAUCCGGACACAAGAAGGAGAAGUCGGUGCUGCAGGCCAAACUCACCAAGCUGGCUAUUCAGAUUGGUUACGCCGGUUCUACCAUCGCGGUGCUGACGGUGAUAAUCCUGGUGAUCCAGUUCUGUGUUCGCACGUUCGUGUUGGACGGCAAGGUGUGGAAGGCGACGUACAUCAAUAACCUGGUGAAGCAUCUCAUCAUCGGUGUCACGGUGCUCGUCGUAGCUGUCCCCGAAGGUCUACCGCUCGCUGUCACGCUGUCGCUCGCUUAUUCUGUUAAAAAAAUGAUGAAAGACAACAACUUGGUACGGCAUCUAGACGCUUGCGAGACGAUGGGCAACGCCACUGCCAUCUGCUCCGACAAGACCGGCACCCUCACCACCAACCGCAUGACGGUCGUCCAGUCCUACAUCUGCGAGAAGCUGUGCAAGGUCACCCCCAACUACCGGGAUAUACCCAAGGAGGUGGCCGAGACCAUGAUCGAGGGCAUCUCCGUCAAUAGCGCUUUUACCUCCCGGAUUAUGCCUUCCCAAGAUCCCACCGCGCCACCUAUGCAAGUCGGUAACAAGACGGAGUGCGCACUUCUCGGCUUCGUAGUCGGUCUCGGUCAGAGCUACGAGCUGGUGCGAGAGCGGUACCCUGAGGAGUCCUUCACCAGGGUCUACACCUUCAACUCCGUUAGGAAGAGCAUGUCCACCGUCAUACCUUACAAGGGCGGCUACAGACUGUAUACCAAGGGUGCUUCGGAAAUUGUGUUAAAAAAAUGCGCAUUCAUCUACGGUCACGAGGGUCGGUUGGAGAAGUUCACUCGCGACAUGCAGGACCGGCUCGUGCGGCAGGUGAUUGAGCCCAUGGCGUGCGACGGCCUCCGGACCAUCUCGGUCGCCUACCGGGACUUCGUGCCGGGGAAGGCGGACAUCAACCAGGUGCACAUAGACCAAGAGCCGAACUGGGACGACGAGGACAAUAUAGUGAACAACCUGACGUGCCUGUGUGUUGUCGGUAUCGAGGACCCGGUCAGACCUGAGGUGCCCGAGGCUAUCCGCAAGUGUCAGAAGGCGGGCAUCACAGUCCGCAUGGUGACGGGCGACAACGUGAACACGGCGCGCUCCAUCGCCGUCAAGUGUGGCAUCCUCAAACCCACUGACGACUUCCUCAUACUCGAGGGUAAAGAGUUCAACUCGAGGAUCCGGGACGCUAAUGGAGAGGUGCAACAACACCUAAUAGACAAGGUGUGGCCGAAACUCCGCGUGUUAGCUCGCUCGUCGCCGACGGACAAGUAUACACUGGUGAAGGGCAUGAUAGAAUCCAAGGCGUUUGACACGCGUGAGGUCGUGGCUGUGACGGGUGACGGCACCAACGACGGACCCGCGCUCAAGAAGGCCGAUGUCGGAUUCGCUAUGGGUAUCGCCGGUACGGACGUAGCCAAGGAGGCGUCUGACAUCAUCCUGACUGACGACAACUUCUCGUCGAUAGUGAAGGCCGUCAUGUGGGGCCGCAACGUGUACGACUCCAUAGCGAAAUUCCUCCAGUUCCAGCUCACUGUGAACGUUGUCGCUGUUAUUGUGGCCUUCAUCGGCGCCUGUGCGAUACAGGACAGUCCUCUCAAGGCGGUACAAAUGUUAUGGGUGAACUUGAUCAUGGACACGCUGGCGUCACUUGCGCUGGCGACGGAGAUGCCCACGGCGGACCUGCUGCAGCGCAAACCGUACGGCCGCACCAAGCCGCUCAUCUCCCGCACCAUGAUGAAGAACAUCCUCGGCCAGGCCGUCUACCAACUGUUCAUUAUCUUCUCACUCUUGUUUGUUGGUGACCGCAUACUGAACAUCCCGUCGGGCCGCUACCAGGAGGUCGGCGCGGAGCCGACACAGCACUUCACCAUCAUCUUUAACACUUUCGUCAUGAUGACGUUGUUCAACGAGAUCAACGCGCGCAAGAUACACGGCCAGCGAAACGUGUUCGAGGGGCUGUUCACUAACCCGAUAUUCUACUCGAUAUGGAUCGGCACGGCGCUCUCGCAGGUGAUAAUAAUCCAGUUCGGCGGUAUGGCGUUCAGCACGGCGGGGCUGAGCGUGGACCAGUGGCUGUGGUGCCUGUUCUUCGGCGCCGGGACGCUCGUGUGGGGACAGCUCGUCACCUCCAUACCCACGCGCAAGAUACCCAAGAAGCUUUCGUGUACCGGUUGCGAAAUACGCAUUAUCAUCGGUCGAGAGCCAACGAGAUGGGGCCGAGGCCAGCCCGACCCCGAAACGAUCCAGCCGGGCCCCGACUACGACUCCGACCUCGACAAGAAGCCCCGCGCGGGCCAGAUCCUGUGGAUCAGGGGCCUCACGCGCCUCCAGACUCAGCUCCGCGUGGUGCGCGCGUUCAAGUCGACGCUCGAGGACCUCGAGGAGCGACUGUCGGCGCACAGCGCGGCCGGGCUCCGCUCGCGGCUGCGCGCGCCCCCGCAGGACAUCGCCUACAUCGACGACGACGGCCCCGCACGCACCGAGACCACCAUAUUCUGAACGCACACGCACGCCGCGACACGCACACACGCCACUGUACCCGCCCCCGCGCUGACGUCGCACGGGGGCACCUUUCGUUUUGUUUGUUUGCGACGCGCCCGCGCGCAAUUCGUACUUAAAAUCUCCCUGCGCAAUCUCGAUCGCUUGUCGCGGUUUCUCCGUUUCGGACGACGGAUCGUCGAAUAUCGUAAAUUUGAUUAAGUGUUAAAUUUUUAGAUGUAGUUAGUCGAUAGCAAUAAAGUAUGUGUAGACGGAGGCCCGGUGGGAGGCUCCGACCAACGUGCCUGCGAUGUUUCAUAUUACCCGUUCGAGAGUUUAACGCGUCGACCGAGUGUCGCCUAGCGAGCGACCCGGCCGCUCGAAUGUAUAACGUACGCGUGGAACGCUUCAGUUCAUGGAUAUAUUGUAAAUAAUUAGGACGUUUCUCGACCUGCUGUUUGUAUAUCGGAGAACUACUAUUUUAUAAAUCUUAUAUCUUUGGAAUUGUACCUCUAUCUUAUGAGCCCUAGCUUUUAUCGAUAUACCUAGCGCCUAUACACUUUGUAAAACUUUUAUCUCUUUCGCACCUUUUACCGUGUAGGUAGUCGAAGCGGAUGGAAUUUACGAGAACGACUCGAUAACGGCUUUCGUGUUUUGUUUCAUAGUAAAUUUUGGGACCACUUUAACCCGUUUCUGCCUAUAACAGGGAUACAAUUAGACCUACAGAUACGAUACGUUAUUUUAGUCGAGAUAUACAUAGAGAACGAUUUGUAAUAUCUAUUAUAGCCAUGUCUACCUGAAGUUCAGUAUGAAUGGACUCACCCUGUCGAUGUAUGAGUCGAGUGUGAGCGACUAGCACUAGCACUAGCUGUGCAGUCGCGUCGUAUUGGGCGCCAGUCUCAGUAAGAACGCUCUAUUUCAGAUGUUAACGGUAAGUGUAGGUCUGAGUCGAGUAGGCUUCGCAGGAAGCCGCCCGCCCCAGUGCUGAAGUAGGUACACUACAGUACAGUUCAGUAGAGCAUGAGACCCGUGUUGCACGUUGUAUGUCCUCGGUACAUACACUCUGGCUUAACGAUUUACGACCUUACCGUCUAAGUACGAUAACACAGUAUCGCUCACGAGUAGGGUAGCGUUAUGACGUUUACUUAUUGUAAGGUGAACAACCGAGCGGCCAUUUUGUGGCACGCACGUGUCGACAAAAUGGCGGCUGUUAGAUUGUAAGUACAGAGUAUCAAUUUGAGAUGUUACUAAAUUUUUGGUCUAGUGUUGUUUUUUUUUUUAUUAAUUUUGCUUCGCAUGUAUAUGUGUGAUCAUGCUUAUGUUACAGCGUUUGCAUGUAUACAGAUGUCUGUGAGUAUGCACAAGGUGUUAUUUUUAUUAGAUGUUUGGUAGCGUUGUCAUUUGAUUUGAUCUUUAAUGCUUCUUUUAUUUAUUAAGUAUUUUAAAACGCUAGAUUUGCUUUAAUAAACUUCGAAUUUUGAAUAAGUUCAGCUUCUCGAAACUACCAAACCUCUAACUCUAGUGUAUAAGCGAAUGUUUAAAACGAAAAGAAUAUAAUAUCUCCACCUAAAUUUACACAAUAAAUAGAAAAUAAGCAUCAAACCAUAAAACAUAAAGGUGUUUGUAUUUUUUAUUUUUAUCGUUGACUCGGUUGUGUGAGUACUUAUUUUCUUAUGAAGUUAUUUUCUUUGUCUUACUGCUUUUUUGUUACUUAUAUUUUAGUUUUAAAUACUACUUACAUACUUAACCGGCAUAAACAUUAGUUUAAAAACUCAUUUUAAUAAAAGUAUUUAUUUCAA